AUGGCGCUGCCGCAGCUCGCUCAGGCCCUGGCUGAAGCAGGGCUCAACAGCUUCCGAUUCGACUUUGCCGGCAACGGGGCCAGCGAGGGCGUCAUGCGGUUCGCAAACUUCCAGGGUGAGGUUUCGGACGUCGCUUGCGCCAAGCGGUUGCUCGAGACUGAGUUUGCUCAGACGGUGGUCGGCCUACUCGGGCACAGCAAGGGCGGGGACACCGUCAUAUUGUAUGCCGCCAAGCAUGGCGACAUCCCCCGCGUGGUCAACGUCGCCGGCAGGUUUGUCAUGAGCGAGGGCCUCGCGGAGCGGUUCGGCGCAGACAUAUUUGAAAGGCUCAAGCAGGGGCCUGUGACGAUCACCGCGGUCCUGGGCAGCGGCGGCGCCAGAAAGGUCAAGUUUGACCUUACAGAUGAGGACGUCCGCGAGCGCGUCUCCGUCGACAUCCCCGCCGCAUGCGCCACGAUAGCCGCGAGGGGCGAGCCGCGCGUGCUGACCGUGCACGGGACGCUGGACCGAGCCAUCAACGUCAAAGACGCCGCGCUCUUUUCGGCCGCGCUGCCAGGAAGUGAUCUGAAGAUCAUAGAGGGCGCAGAUCACAACUUCACGGCCCAGGAACACAGGGAGGCCCUGGUUGAGGCCGCAGUGGGAUUCCUGACGGCGGGUGGCGCGAACUGA